AGCACCGACGAGGCGUGCGAGGCGACGGUUGCGGCGGCCCGAAGUGAAGCGUCUCGUUGCGGGGAUCGCAGCUCAGCCCAGCCAAAGCCGACAUUCGCUGCCUCGGCCGGCGCAAUAAUCCAUCACCAUGUCGAACGCCGCAGUCGGCCCCGUCUACGACUCCAUCAUCACCGAGGUCAUUAACUCUGUCCGCGUCGAUUUUGAGGAGAAUGGCGUCGACGAAGGUGUUUUGGAGGACCUUAAGAAGAGAUGGCAGGCGAAGCUCUCUCAGAUGAAGGUGGCCCAAUUCCCCUGGGACCCCAAGCCCGAGCCGCCGCCGGCGUCCGCGGCAGGGACUGGCACACAGGCAGCAACCGUUCCGCAGACUUCGGCUCCUGCCACGAACAACUACACGCAUUCCACGCUCAGUCCUCAGGGUCCCGCGCAGUCUCUCUCACUUCCUGGGCAACUUGCUCCCAAUGCUGGCGGGAUGGCUCUCAAACAAGAACCGGGUCUCGUUAAUGCCGAUCCCGUGAUCAAGCAGGAACCUGGUCUCCCAUCCAUGCCGUCGAUGCAUCCGGGCUACAACCCCGCAGCUACGGCCCGCGGCACAGCCGCUCAGCGUGCUGCCCAGGCGCUAGAGAACCAGUUCGGACAGCGAGCUGCUGCGUCAAUCAACGCCAUCCACAGCGGCAUGGCCUCGCAAAUGAACGCCGGAGCUCAGCCGCAGCAAAGCACACGGCCGGGCCAGGCGCCGCAGCCCAUGAACGCGCAGCAACAAUACCGGCAGGAUGUUGCUGCUGCUAUGCAACAGCGUCUGCAACAGGUUCCCCAUACCGGCGCACCGAACGGCCUUCCCGCGAGUCAAGUGGACGGGCCUAGUGAUGCGGCGUGCGGCUCGGGGCCCCGGCCGACGAUGGGCCGGACCGAGAUUGAUGAGCACCUGCACGCCCAGCUUGCCGCCAGGGCUAAGCAAAUGGAAGGGGGCGGCCUGAUGCUACCACUCAAGGACGCCACCAAGGAUCGCAGCGUGCCUACCACACGUCCGAGCAAGGGUGGUCUUGCCCAGCAUGACGGGGCCGAGGACGGAAUUAAGAGUGAAGAGGACGAGGAUAAGGACGCCAUCAACUCCGAUCUUGACGACUCGGACGAAGACAAGGAUGAUGAAGAAGACGAUGACGAGUCGAUGGGCCACAUGAUGCUCUGCAUGUACGACAAGGUGCAGCGCGUCAAGAACAAGUGGAAGUGCAUUUUGAAGGACGGUGUCCUCACCGUCAACGGCAAGGAAUAUGUGUUUCAUAAAGCCACCGGCGAGUACGAGUGGUGAAACACCCCACCUUCCGUUGGCCGAUGCCGGGCCCUGCUGGCCAUGCCGCAUGCGAUGCCGGCAGCACUUCCCUUGCGCUGCGGUUUGUCUUCGUCCCUCUUAUGGUAACGAAAAGGGCCCCCUCGCAUUGACUACAAGGCCGGUUUGAGGCGAGUUCUAGCUUAAGAAGCUGGGACAUGCUUAUUAUCUCUU